AUGGUCUCGCCCUGGACCUUACCUACUGUGCUCCUCUGUUACGGACAGCUCUUGCCAUGGCUCAUGACUGUGGGUGAUCAAAGCUUAGAUGAGUUCUACAACGAGACUGAGGCAAAGCUGUUCCUGCAGUUUUAUGAGCAAACAGCCCAGGUUGUGUUGAACCAGUUCAUGGAGGCUGCUUGGAACUAUGUCACCAACAUCACCAAGAAAAAUCGGGAGGAUAUGCUGCACAAGGAGUUGGAGAGGGCCCAGGUCAUGGUGUACUUCCGCAGCCGGGCCCGCCUGUUUAAGAUCGCCCAGUUCCAGGACCCGGCCGUGAAGCGCAUGCUGAGUAAGCUGCUGGACAUAGGCAAGGCAGCCUUGCCCAAGGACGAGCUCUGGGAGUACAACAAGCUUCUGGCCUACAUGGAGACGGCAUACAAUAUGGCCCAGGUGUGCCUGUAUGAGGGGCCCUGCCUACCCCUGGAGCCUGACCUCCAAGAAAUCAUGGCCAACUCCAGGGACCAGAAGGAGCUGCUGUGGGCCUGGCAAGGCUGGCGGGAUGCUGUGGGUCGCCAGCUUCGUCCCAUCUUCGAGCGCUACGUAAUCCUCAGCAACAAGGCCGCGCGGCUCAACGGCUACAAAGACAUGGGGGCUUUGUGGCGCUCCAAGUAUGAGGAUGAGACCCUGGAGCAAGACCUGGAGCGGCUCUUCCAGGAGCUGAAGCCGCUCUAUCUGAACCUGCACGCCUACGUGCGCCGCGCCCUGCACCGCCACUACGGGCCCGAUAUCAUCGACGUGAGGGGGCCCAUCCCUGCUCACCUGCUAGGGAACAUGUGGGCUCAGUCAUGGGUCAACAUCCUAGACCUGGUCUUGCCCUUCCCCAAGAAACCCCCGGAGGACAUCACGAAGAUCAUGAAAGGCCAGCGCUGGAAGCCUGGGAAAAUGUUUGAAGAGGCUGAAAAAUUUUUUACCUCCUUGGGGAUGCUGGCCACCCCACCUGAUUUCUGGAAAAAGUCCAUGUUGGAGAGACCACCCGAUGGGCGGGAAGUGGAGUGCCAAACCUCUGCCUGGGACUUCUACAAUGGCAAAGACUUCAGGGUAAAGAAGUGCACCGAAGUGAACAUAAAAGAUCUGCUGUCCAUCUUCCACCAGAUGGGCCAUAUCCAGUACUUCUUACAGUACAAGAACCUCUCCAUCCUCUUCCGAGAAGGCGCCAAUCCUGCCUUUGGAGAGGCGGUGGGGUCAAUGGUCACCCUCUCAGCCUCUUCCUAUCAGCAUCUGCUUAAUAGAGGCCUGCUCAGCCAGCAACAUCAGGACUCAGAGGAGGAGGUCAACUUCCUAAUGGGCAUUGCUCUGGACAAGAUCGCCUUCAUCCCCUUCGGCUACAUGAUAGAUAGGUUUCGUUGGAAGAUCUUUGAUGGCACCAUCCAAAAGGACAUCUACAACCAGGAGUGGUGGAACUUCAGGUUGAAGUACCAGGGCCUAUGCCCCCCUAUUCCUCGGUCAGAGGAUGACUUUGACCCGGGUGCCAAGUUCCACAUUUCUGCCAGCAUGCCUUACAUAGGGUACUUCAUCAGCCUAGUGCUUCAGUUCCAGUUCCACGAAGCCUUGUGCAAGGCCGCAGGCCACAUGGGACCACUGCACCAGUGUAGCAUCUAUAACUCCAAGAUGGCUGGGAAGAUCCUAGGGGAUGUCCUGAAGGUGGGCUCAAGCAAGCCCUGGCCACAGGUCCUAAAGGAGCUGACUGGGAAGUCCAAGAUGUCUUCGGAGGCCCUCCUGAGCUACUUCAAGCCACUGCUGAACUGGCUGGUGACCGAGAAUGUGCAGCAGGGGGAAAUCCUGGGCUGGCCAGACUUCAGCUGUUCCUUCCCAGAAAGAAGAAAACCUAAAGCGGCAUUCCUGAGCAUGGAAUUGGAGCCUAAGGCAGCCAGGUCCGGGCAGUGGGUGCUGCUGAUCCUAUGCAUCAUGUUCCUGAUGAUCCUGGGGUUGGCCUCCAGGCUAUUCAUCAUGGAAAAACAGUCAGCGAACAAAGACUCUUCAGACAACACUGAGACAGGCAACACCAACUUCCUGUGUGUACCCAUGGAGCCCCACCAGGCUGCCCGAGGAUAG